AUGGGAUCAUGGAUGACGGUCCGGGAGGUCCUGGGCCACCUUUCCGAUGAGCCGCUUGACCGGGUCCGGGCCGUCUAUCUCGAUGCACCCAACCCCUCCCUCACUUACAACACUGGCCCCGACCCCAGCUCUGACUCCGCUCCUUCUUCUUCACUUUUAUUCCCACCUGCAGACCAAGUUAUGGCGGCGCAAGCUCCGCAGCGAUCUCUCACGACCUUCUGGGAUGGUGUACGGCCAGAUGACAACAACGACGAGUUGGACAGAGACGGCUACCAAGGAAGCCUGACGGGUUGGACAGAGACGGAGACCAAGGAAGCCGGCGGGCUCGUCAGCAGAGACGAACGGCCAAUGACAAUGACCUCGCAGCUUCUGAGUGCCGAUUUGGUGAUCGGCUCAAGUGCGUUACUGUCUGGCCUGUUUAUGAGCUACAACUGCGGGCUCACCAAGGCCAUGGUACUUCUCAAUCUUAUGCCUCAUUGUCGCAGGUUGAACAUUUUAUUGAACGUGGUUAGAAAGCCCAUUGAGGCCAUCUGA